GGUAGUACGCAUGUGCUAACUCUAAAACGUUUAUUAACGUUUUAACGUGUGAAAGGUCAUGGAUCCUCAAAAAGACAUACAGCCUCCCAAACAGCAGCCAAUGGUCUACACUUGUGGAGAGUGUCACACAGAAAAUGAGAUCAAGGCAAGAGACCCCAUCAGAUGCAGAGAAUGUGGCUACAGAAUCAUGUACAAGAAAAGGACAAAAAGAUUGGUCGUAUUCGAUGCCCGAUGAGAUGCAUCUGAAUGUUUUCCUUUUUCUAAUGAGCUUUAUAUAUGUUUGAAAGUGUAAAUACAUGUAUACAGUUUGAAUAGGCAUUUGGUCAAAUUGAGUAAAAUAUAAUUUACUUCAAUUUUCUUGAGUAAAAUGUGCAUAGACUCAAUAGUGUUAGAGUUGACUCAUUUAAGUAAAUAUCUGCUGAUACUCAUAAUUAAAAUGUAGUUUUGUUUGUUUUCAUUAAGUUAGAAACUGUUAUUUUGGUGAGAGAAACUAUGAUUACAUUUGAUUAAAUGAAUAGGAAGAUAUGACAGGCUUGCAUGUAAAAACUGAUAAUAAAAAAUUAAACUAUGUAUUAGUCACUUUUCAUUCAUGAUAUGCCUGUUGUCAAUGCUCAAAAACAGAAUAACUGCCUCUUUAAAAAAUAAAAAAAGAUUUUGGUACA